GAGGCCAGUCCCUGGCCCAGCGGGCUGCUGCAUCGACGUUCCCAGCCCCCGGCGCGCCUCCGGCCCACCUGUAUGAGCUGGAUCCAAGCCUGGCCAUGAAGUUAUUAACGAACGCAGAUUUGGGUCUGUUCCCGAAAAAGGCGGGACCUCGGCCCUUCAGACCUCCUCCAAGUCAGGGGCGCGGUAUCGGUUUCCAGGCCAACAGCGGGCAGCUCCGUCACAAAGCUCAUCACGCAGUUCCAGGCUGCGGCUACUUCACCUACUGCCCAUUGGAAGUAGGCCGGGAGAUGGAUACCAGCUCUUGCCUCGCCUUUGCUCCCAAAGACAAGCACGGGACCGGCAACCAGGCUACCAAGGAGGACUUCAUCCAGCUCGAGCCCUGGGCAGUGCCAUGUAACAGCUCCUGGAUGUCUGACAACUGGGACAAGUGGCAAGGCUAUUCCUUCUACUCCUUGGAGGCACCCUUUGAAAAGUGCGUGACCAUGACCUACUCCCUGGCCAUGCAACCGGUGCUCGCCUUCGUAGGGGGCUUGGAGUUUGAUCUCCUUCCUGGCCCCUUGGUCUCGCUCGAGACGGAGGUCUGCUGGCCGGAAAAGCAGCUGGGGGUGGACCUCAGUGUCCUAAGGACUGAGAUCCGUUCUGGUGGGGCGCUGCUCUUGGGGCGCACCUUGCGCCUUGCCAAGCGCUUCGGCACAGGCACGGGCUUCAAGGACAACAAUGUCGUGGACGCCCGGGCGACCUGGCGAGAGCCGAACAACACGCUCGAGCCCAUGUCCAGGAUCCCAUCACUGCUGGAGAGCAAGUUCCUCUGGGAGUCCGAGGCUGAGCAGCUGUACCUGGCUUCCGCGGAAUAUGGCAAGGACUUUAAAACCCUUUCUAAA